AAAGAAACUUAAGUAGGCAAAGUAAGUUACAAAUACAGAUAUAUAUAUAUAUAUGGUAAUUGACGUGCAAGUACUUUCUUUUCUAAAAGGAUUGAAGCACAUUCAUAGCAUUCGGUAUAGACAAACUAUAUGCAGAUUGAAAUUGAAUCGUUCAAUUGAUUACGAUAAUAAAAGAAAUCACUUGCUUCACAUAAGACAAUUAUUCCCUACUAAUUGUUCCGAAUUCCUAGUCUUGAUUGAACUGGAUAGCAGCUUUAGAAAAUCGAAUUGAAUUAUGGAUGUGUCGAAGAGGAAACCACCUCCAUUGAAACUUCAAGGUCCAAGAAAUAUAACGUUUGUAGAUACUGAAAAAGAUUCGACAUAUGCAAAAAGUCCUAUAUCUUCUCCCGCUUCUCCUUGGCAUGUUUCAGACAAGCUGAUCAGCGCUAUAUACGAAGAACUGAAAUCUCCUAGCUCGCCGUGGGACAAGAAUUUUUCUCAGCAAUCCCCAUGGUUGCUUGCAAAUGGUGUGAUAUCUCACGAUGAAGAGAGUCCUUUACUUCCUUUAGUUUCACCCUUGAAUCCCAAAACCAGAAGCCAGUCAAUGAUGUCAAGGAAAUUAUCUAAAAUAAGAAAACAGCCUCCUACAUCACAAUUAUAUUCCAAAGAAGCUGGAAUCCUCCAUAAGCAUCCAAAGGUGGUUAAACAGAGAUUUUCGCUUGCAAACGAGGAAAAUGCUUCUGACUUUAGAAAAUCCGGCGAUUAUUUAACCAGCUCUGCUGCUGGUAUAAGAUCUACACGACAAAGUGCUGCCUUUAAAAAAUCUCUCCGUGAUUUGGAAUUCCUUGAAAUAGAAGACCUGUCAUCUCAUUCUGCUUCUAAAUUUCCGACAAAAGAACAUGAGAAUGUUGGUACCCGUAUGUCAAAUGCUUAUAGCCGUUUUAAAUCCGCUGUAAAGGACCGAACUAAUGGAUCAAUGGGACACAAGCGAUCGAAGAUAAAAAGGAACAUUCAACACUUGGGUCUAACUGAGUACCAUGGAUGGGAACACCAUCCUUGCGAUUGGCUUUAAGUUAUUCUUUACAAAUUGCAUAAUUUUGAUUGUUUUACCUAUUUUCUGCAUACUCUGUACAUUAAGUUACGAAUUGUGUGACCAAUGCUAACACCACUUAUUUAAAGCAUGGAUGAUUCAGUCCAUGAAUUGCAUGUUAAUUGCUUUAAAAUUAACUUUCUUCUGAGUCUUUAAUGUUGUACUCACCCUUUCAUGUUAUGUUAUUUGAAGGGUCGUUUAAUUUGCAUAAUCUAUAUAAGGGUUUCUUAGAUCAUAAUAAUUUACUAAACACUUACUAUUUUUGAAAGUGAUUAGAGAUAUAGUUAUAUGAGAAAACCUGAAUUAAUUUGAAAUUAUUUAUACAAAUACAGUUCUUAGAUAACAGUACAUAUCUUAAAGUCUAAUGCAAGCUCGCAUCUUUAACUUCUAAUUGACUUGUGACGGCGAAUGGUCUGAGUCUUUUUCUGCGUUCACUUGUAGAUCCCGAUUGUUUAUUGUUACACUUUUCGUCAUGUUUGCCGUUUUGUAAAUACCAACCAAGCGUGAAGAUAAUUCAAACAUGUUGCUUCUUAACGAAAUGACGAUAAAUUGGGCAUUUUUUGUCCUUUCCUUUAUAUAAUUGGCGACAAUUGAUACAUUUUUAAAAUCCAGUGCAGCAUCAAUUUCGUCCAUAACAUAUAGAGGGGUAGGUUUGUAGCUAUGUAAAGCAAAUACUAAAGCUAAUGAGCUUAAUGUCUUUUCACCACCAGAUAAAUUCGAGAUAUUUUUCCAAGACUUUUUAGGUGGCAUAAUACUGAAUAAGACGCCUUCAGAGAAUGGAUCUAAACUGUCAACAAGCUCAAGUUCAGCAUUACCACCCAUAGUGAUAAUUUGAUACAUAGCUUUUAAUUUCUGAGAAAUAUUACCAAACCCUUCCAUAAAUUCAUCUAAUCUUUGAGUUUGCAAAUCAGUAACAGUUUGCUUGACAUUGUUCCUUUUUCGCGUGUCAGCUUCGAAAUCUGAUGCUCUUUUCUCAACUUCCUUCGUGCAUCUCAAAUAAGAUUGUAAAACACCAACGUCUACUUCUUUUUCUUCUGUCUUUUUCUUAAACUCAGAAAUGCCUUCAUAUAAUGAUUGUUUGUUCAUCGAGGCAAGUUCAUCUUCGGAAAAUUCCUGAAACUCAGGAGCCCGUGCCUCGGAUUGAUCAUAUUCUCUCAAGUCAUGUAAUAUUAAUUCGGACAACAGCUUCUGUAACUUUUUUUCAUUGUGCAAAACAUCCGAAUGGGCAGUUUUUUGUUCCGUUAAUUUGUUUUCGAGAUCUAGUCUCUCUGCUUUCAUGGAAUUUAUCUCUUUAGAUUCAAAGUCAAUACGAUUGUUAAGUUCAUUGAUUGAAUCAUUAAUGUCAUGGAUCGAAUUACUUAACUCAUCAAUUUUAGUCGUAUAAUCCUUAAUUUUUCCUCGAAGUAAGUUGAAGUCAGUCUCAUUCGUUUCCAAUUCCUUUUGAGUCGUAGAAAAAUCAGAUUGUAAUGACUCUAGUUCUCCUAUAAUCGAAUGAACACGUUGCUCGUUUUUUCUCUUCUCAAAACUGACAUUUGUAAGUUUUUCUUUGAUAUACUUAUGCUGUUCGUGCAAAUCAUCAACUUUAGACUUUUGUAUACGAUAUUUGAUACCACCAAUCUGCAUAAUUUUAUCCUGAAGUUCUCUGACUUCAGCAACAAGCCCACCAUUUGAGGCUUUUAUGUUAUCUAUCUGUUGA